AUGACGCAGGAUAUCAAAAUCAUGAACCUGACCAAGUCCAGCUUGGAUGCCCUGAACAGAAACCAAAUGCUCUCCAAAAAGAGCAAUAGGAAAAUUGUGAAGAUAUGCAUGUACACAAUUCUGACAUUUGUGAUGUGCGGUGUAGUGUACAUUUGCUUCACGGUGAUGUCGAGCAAUGAUGAGAGCAUUAACCAGAUCGACAACCUGAAAGGUCCUUCUUUCACCCCUGGUGAUGGAAAUAUCCUCAACAAGGAUGAAAUAGAAACGCUGAAAUUUAUCUUUUCAAAUUACCCUCAUGGGGAGAAAAAUAUCGCUGGUGAUGAAGUGAAAACACUAGCAGAUUCCACCAUACCUAAUGUAGAGGAUCAAAAGAUAAAAAUUGCAGACGCGGGAAAGCACAUCAAAUUGAUGAAGAAGUAUAACGAAAUUGUGGAGGACAUGAGUGAGGAGAAUAAAGAAGAGUUAACAAAAAUGUUGAGGGAACUUUUGAAAAAAAAAAUGAAUAAGAAGAAAAAACAAAAAAAAGACCCAAAUGGUAAUGGUGAAGAAGGGAAAGAAGUUAUCAAUAUGAGUUCACCCAAUUUUAAUUACAAGAAGGUCAGCGACAACCAAGAUAAUAAUGACGAAGACGAAGAGGUGAGUGUGGCACAAAUCGAAGACCUAUUCUUCAACCUGAAAUACGCGUCGAAAUUUUUUAACUUCAUGAAAAAGUAUAACAGAAGCUAUAAAGACAUCACUGAACAGAUGGAGAAAUAUAAAAAUUUCAAAAUGAAUUAUCUCAAAAUUAAGAAGCACAACGAAACGAACCAAAUGUACAAAAUGAGAUUAAACCAGUUUAGCGAUUAUUCGAAGAAAGAUUUCGAGAGUUAUUUUAAAAAAUUGCUACCCAUUCCGGAUCACUUGAAGAAGAAAUAUGUAGUACCUUUCGGUUCCAUGAAUAACGGAAAAGAUAAAAAAGUGGAUAGCAACAAAAGUGCAAACCUUUUCACCGAUGUGCCAGAAAUUUUGGACUAUAGAGAAAAAGGAAUUGUACAUGAACCGAAGGAUCAAGGAUUAUGUGGAAAUGUGGAAUGUAUGUAUGCCAAGGAACAUAACAAAACCAUUUUAACUCUUAGCGAACAAGAAGUUGUGGAUUGUUCAAAAUUAAAUUUCGGAUGUGAUGGUGGACACCCAUUUUAUUCAUUCAUCUAUGCUAUCGAAAAUGGAAUAUGCUUAGGCAGUGAUUAUAAAUACAUAGCUAUGGAUAAUUUAUUUUGCCUAAAUUAUAGAUGUAAGAAUAAAGUUACUCUCUCCUCUGUUGGUGGGGUGAAAGAAAACGAAUUGAUACGUGCAUUAAAUGAAGUAGGUCCAGUAUCUGUUAAUGUCGGUGUAACGGAUGAUUUCUCCUUUUACGAUGGAGGGAUAUUUAAUGGCACAUGCACGGAAGAAUUAAACCACUCCGUUCUUCUUGUCGGUUAUGGCCAAGUGCCGAGCAGCAGAAUCUUUCAACAAAAUAAUGUGUAUGAUGAUGCCACUGGAGUCACGAAAAAGGGAGCGCGAACCUCGCCAUCAAAGGCCGAUGAUGGUAUUCAGUACUACUGGAUUAUCAAAAAUUCGUGGAGUAAAAAUUGGGGAGAAAACGGAUUCAUGAGAAUUAGUCGAAACAAGGAGGGAGACAACGUGUUUUGUGGAAUCGGUGUAGAGGUUUUCUAUCCCAUUUUGUAA